GCUCCGUCUUGUGGGGCGGAGCGGAGGCAGCGCGGCUUGGCUCGGUCUCCGUGGGGCAGGGGGAAGCGUGCGGCAUGCAGCGGUGUCACCAGGAAGCGCUGAAGAAGAACCGGGUGAUGCUGGCAAAGCAGCUGCUUCUAAGUGAGUUAAUGGAGCAUAUGAUAGAGAAAGACAUCAUCACCGCGGAGAUGGUGGAGACGAUACAGGCCAAGCCUGGGAGUUUCAGCCAAAAUGUGGAAUUCCUCAAUUUGCUGCCCAAGAGAGGUCCUAAUGCGUUCUCAGCAUUCUGUGAAGCUCUACGAGAAACCAAACAGCAGCAUCUGGAGGCAAUAAUCUUGAAGACAACAUCCAACCUGAGCCAAGGGAUUGCAAGGCUUGAACACCGUUAUGGAUCAAAUCUUCCAAUCCCUGUCAGUGAGUCAUGCAAUUCAAAGAGACCACGCUGGAUAGAACCAAUGGAACAUUCCUUGGAUAAUGGAGAUGGUCCCCCCAUUCCUCAAGUGAAGUACUGCACUCCCAAAUUUUAUCAUGAUCAUCAGCACUUGGCAUAUAAACUGGUAUCAGAGCCCCGAGGCUUAGCACUUAUUCUCAGCAAUGUCCAUUUCAGCAGUGAGAAGGACUUGGAGUAUCGUGCAGGGGGAGACGUGGACUGUACUUCCCUGGAGAUGCUUUUCAAGCAUCUUGGGUAUCAAGUGACUGUCUUUCACGAUCAAACUGCACAGGAGAUGCAGAAUGCAUUGGAGAGAUUCUCUAAGUUGCCAGAUCAUCGGGAUGUGGAUUCCUGCAUUGUAGCUUUGCUUUCCCAUGGUGUGGAGGGUGGGGUUUAUGGCAGUGAUGGCAAAUUACUGCAGUUGCAGGAGGCCUUCCGGCUUUUUGAUAAUGCAAACUGUCCAAAUCUCCAGAAUAAGCCCAAAAUGUUCUUUAUUCAGGCCUGCCGGGGAGAUGAGACAGACCGGGGAGUGGAUCAGCAAGAUGGGAAAGAAUGGUCAGAAUCCCCAGGCUGUGAGGAAAGCGAUGCAAACAAGGAAGAAAACCUCAAGCUGCGUCUGCCUACGUGCUCUGAUAUGAUCUGUGGAUAUGCUUGUCUGAAAGGCACUGCAGCCAUGAGAAACACCAAGCGUGGAUCCUGGUACGUUGAGGCUCUCACCUCUGUGUUUGCAGAGGACUCUCGAGACACUCACGUGGCUGACAUGUUGGUGAAGGUGAACAGGCACAUCAAGCAACGAGAAGGUUAUGCCCCAGGCACGGAAUUCCACCGCUGCAAAGAAAUGUCGGAAUACUGCAGCACGCUCUGCAGGGACCUUUACCUGUUCCCUGGUUAUCUGCCAGGAAAAUAACCCUGCCAGCUCUGUUGAAGGGAGAUACUGCCAAAGCUGGACUUGGAGUAUGGAUGUCUGCGCUUUCAUUCUUUAGGCUGUGACAUGAGAUGCACAAGCAGGGAGUGAUGGUUUAUAUCUGGCCAGUCCGAUUCUUGAUGUCUUUAAAUAAUCUGGCAACUCACUAAUCUGAUUCAGUUCGGGGUUUAAAACUCUAAUAUCCUGACUUAAUCCAUAUGUAUUGAUUCAGAGAAAACUCCAGGAACAAGUAUAGGAAUUGAUGGAAAGAGGAUCAGCACUGGAACUGGGAAGAAGUGGGAACAUCCUUUGGAAGGAGACAUUAAGGACAUUUCUAAGAAGAGUGAAUGUGAAAAGGGAAACAGACUAUUCAUACAAUUUUUUAAAAGUUUAACCUUUCUGAAAGGAAAAUUAUUCAUAAAAUGCUACUUAUUUUAUGCUCGUAUUUUAAAAGUUUUAAGUACUUUCUGCCUGGUUCUUCAUGCAGGACAAUCAGCUCCUGUGGACAUUAGAAAAGGGCUCCCUUGUGAAGGAGACUUCUUCCUCUCUCUAAAAUAGAAGGUUAUUGUUUUCAGUACUUGAUGCUUUCCUAUCAUCUUGAUAACUAAAAACCUGGUUUUGCACAUUCCUUCUGUAGCCAAGUAAUCAGAAGAAACACAAGAACAUCCCAAGUUACCAACAGAACAGGUUGAGAUCUAGGGUUUCUCAUACAAGCAAGCCUUCAUAAACUGCCCCCAAAUUAGUUUUGAACCUAGAAAUUCUAGGUUAGCUUCCCUUAGUCCCAAAAGUGAGCAACUGCAUGGAAUAUUGCUUUUGAGGAAUUUGUUUGCCCUUGUAUCUGUGUGUCACACCAGGCAGAGCACUCAAUCCACCAGCUUCUCAGGAGACUAUGAAUUGCACUGUACAACUGGAUCCCUGAAACCUGACAGCUUUGUACAAAAGGAUCUUUUGUCUUUUGUUUCAUUAACAAAAGUCUUCAAGGCAGCUCUUUACAAUCUAAGCGUGUUGCUUGGACUAUUUAUCACUGCAGUUUGUUUCCCUUUAAAAUGGAAGGGAAGUUUCAUGUUACUACUGUUACAUGUUUUCUUUCUUCAGCCUUGAUCAUUUGAAGCUGUUGUUUAGCUGAUGCUGUUUGCAAAGUGUCAUUUCAAACCCUCAGUAAGAAAUAAGGCAUAAUCCAUCACUUUUGGAAAUUUCCUACGCAGUCUCUUCAUGCAUGUCUCUUGCUUGUGUCCAGUUGCAGUUACUCCCAUUUGAUGCGAUGUGGGAGGUGGGCAUUGUGCUCUUUUUGUUGUAGAGCCUAAAUCCAGAUGUACUCAUAUGAACUCCAGUCUGUGUUCAGCUGAGUCUUUGAUCUCCAUUUUGUAGCAGCAAGUUGGCAUUGUUUCUGCCUUACUCCUCCUAUGUUAGGUGUGGCUUUUAAAAUGCUUUUUGAGGAUAGAGUAAUGAAAAGGAAGCACAAAGGGAUAUGGAGGGAGGCUGGAAACCUAGGCAUGAACUGUUUUAUUGUUUUGCUGAGGCAAAUGAAGGCUAUGUGUCCUCCAGCUGACAAAGGUGCAGCAUCAUGUGCUUACCUUACACACAAUGUGAUAAACAGAACAAGGAUCAUACUUGCCAAUUGGUGCCUUACUCUGAAGUUAAGAUGCUGGUUUAGGGGCCAUUGUACCUCCAUGGAGUAUAAAACCCACUUUCUUCCUGAGUGCUCCCUCUUUGAAAUGGUGCAAUAUUUUACAGAUAGGUAUAUGAAUUAAGUAGUCCACUCUGAUGGAUUAGAUUCCUGUAGGAUUGCAUCAAGUUGCAUUAUCACUGCCACUUUCAUAUAUUCUUUUUGUAUACUUGUAUUUUACUGCCUUGAGGUGUCAAAAUAAAGGAUUCUUGUUUGAGUAA